AUGAAAAUUCCUCCAGGGUUUGAGGAUGAGAAGACCAUAAGGAAAGUUUGCAAAUUGAAAAAGGCUUUGUAUGGUCUAAAACAGUCACCUAGAGUAUGGUUUGAUAGGUUCAGUAAAACGAUGAUCUCCUUUGGAUACUGCCAAAGCAAUGCUAAUUAUACCUUGUUUAUGAGGCAUCGUAGAGGCAAAAUCACUCUACUUACUGUCUACGUGGAUGAUAUUGUGGUAACUGGUGACAAUAAAGAAGAAAUGGCUCUUUUAAAGGAGCGCCUAGCACAGGAGUUUGAAAUCAAAGAUUUGGGAAUGCUCAAGUACUUUCUUGGAAUAGAGGUUGCCAGAUCAGAUAAGGGAAUCUUUAUUUCUCAAAGAAAGUAUAUCUUGGAUCUGUUGGAAGAAACAGGAAUGCUGGGCUGUAAACUGGCAGAGUCUCCUAUUGAGGCCAAUCAUAAAGUGCAAGCUGGAGUUGGAAAAUCAGUGAAUUUAAGGAGAUAUCAGAGGAGAUCAACAUCAGGAUACUGUACCUUUGUUGGUGGUAAUCUAAUCACCUGGAGAAGUAAGAAGCAAAAUGUGACGGCUAGAUCCAGUACAAAGCGGAAUUUAAGGCAAUGGCUCAAGGCAUCUCUGCAAUCAGUAUAG